CUCCAAAUACCAGUUUGUGAUUGUGAUGGUUAACAACCACCAUCCCAAUCUCCUUCGGAAAACGAACGAAACGGUCACGAAAGGAGGUAACGUUUAAAUAACGUAACUACACAAAAUGACAUUUCGUGAACCCUUUCUCUAGGCUAGGCUUGGGCCGCAUCGUCAACGCAUACAGACGUGCAAGCUUGCAGAAUAGCUUCAUCUCCCUUCACUUCGUAAACAGAUAUCAUAGUUAUAAUAUGGCUUGUUGCAUUUGGCUAGCAAAUACAGGAUAAACUCGUUCGGCUUUUGACUUGCUGACCGAGUCCGCAGAAGUUGUCCCGUCACCGUUCUGGCAGCUACAAUAACGUCCUACGGUGGUCAUCCAUGGGGUGGUUCUGGGCCAGAUGGCGACCUGGCGUGUGGCGGCCCCCAUGGCGCGCAUUACGCGCAUACGGGAUACCACGCUCACCAAGCGCAGCAUCCCCACCAACCUGAUGCCUCCGAGAUACAGCAAGAAGAAUGGCAGAUGUAUCCUCCUCCACAUCAUGAGGAGCACCUACACGUCCAAGCUCACCAUGUGGCGCAUCAUCACUUGUCCCAACCCUUUCCACCGUCUCAACACCAACACCAGCAGCUGCACCUUCAGGCCCAACAGCACCACCACUUCAUCAGCCAGCAACACUCGCUGCCCCUCCCCAGUCAUCCCCAACAUCCACAGCCACACCAUCAUCGACAUAGCUUUCCCUCCGCCCAGGACCUUAUGGCCACCAGCGCACAUCCUCACCAAAUAUCCCAGCCCGUUGCUAUAACACCGCAAGGACAUUAUCCACAACACCUCCAACAUGUCCAUCCUCAUUACCACCAGCAUCAUCAUCCACAUUUCACCGCGCUGCCAAUGCCCGCGGACGCCUCGCCUACCCACCCAACCGCUAGCUCAAUGGGAAUGGCAGCCAUGGUACUUAACGGGGUGCCAGCUGGCUCUGCGUCAGCGGGUGGUGCUCCUUUGCCUCACUCGAAUCCCGCAGCCAUGUACCUUACCACGCAAGCAGGAGCGCCAGCAGCGGCUUCGGUAUCCGGCGGGGGCGCGAUGCCAGAUGGGCCCGGCUUCCAACAUCUGCAGCACUCACAGCACAUGCACCCGCAACAUCUCCACCACCACCACCAUCAGCACCCCCACCCCCACCACCACCAUCAGCAACAACCACACUCGCAGCAGCAACAGCAGCAUUUAAUGCACGUCUCUUCAGCAAGCCAUUUGAGUCACCCACAUCACCAGCAGCAACCGCAGCAGCAGCAGCAACUGUCUCAGCUCCAGGUGCCGGCCUCGGCACCGUCCGGUGGUGGGUCCGCCACAGCCGCCGUGGCCGCUGCCGCUGCUGCCGCCGCAGCGGCCGCGGCAGCAGCCUCCACUGACGUGUACCUGAACACCAGUCCGCAAAACGUCCUGCAAGACAUGACUCCCGCUGCUGUAGCUGCUGCUACUGCUACCAUGCAACAACAGCAGCAGUCGCAACAGCAGCAGCAGCACCCCCACGGCCAGCACCCCCAUGCUCAGCAGUACCAGCACCCUCACUCUCACCCUCACCACCUUCAUCAACAACAGCCCCAGCAGCAGCAGCAUGCAACCGUGACAACCCCCAUGAGCGCGCAUGCCCACGUGCGUGCGCAAUCGCAGGGGGGAGGCGGCCAUCUCGGGGGCCUGGAGGGGCCUGGCGCCUCAGGACAACACAUGCAGCUGCAUGCUGCCGCGACACAGCCCUACCCGCUGGGUAUUGCCACACCGCCACACCCGCAACAACCCCAGCCGCAACAACCCCCCCAGCAGCACCUGCAGCAGCCUCCGCAGUCUCACUACCAGCCAAACGCCGCGCAAGCACAGCCGGAGCCUCAGGCUGCAGGCCAAACCCCGGCCAACGACUCCUCCCAACAACAGCGGCCCCACCAGCCCCAACAGCAGCAACCCCAACAGCCGCAGCAGCAGGCAACCCAGCUGCCGCAACAACAGCAGCACCAACCAGGCCAGCAGGCGCAGGUCCCGCCACCGCCUAUGCCGCAGCGGCAGCACCAACCGCACCCGCAGCAGGGACCCACGGGUCAUCAACUGCAAACACAGCAGAUGCAGGCUGCGGUGGCUGCUGCGGCGGCCGCAGCGGCGGCGGCGCUGCUGGAGGGCAGCGGCAGCGCAGCGGUGCCGCAGCCGCAUCAAACGCCAGCGCGCGAGGUGCGGUCCGCACGCGGCCCCGUCCGCACCUCCAGUGCCGUCAGCGCCACAGCGGGUACUGCCGGUGGCGGUGGAGGCGGCGGCGCUAGGGGCGGCGGCGGCCAUACGGCGGCGGCGGCAGGCGCGUGGAUGGAUGCGGCGAUGUUGGUCGCGGGAUCGGAGGGGCAGACCGGGCAGUCCCGGCAGAGCAAGCGCAUCCGCCACAACCCCUGGAGCCCCGAGGAGGAGCUGCGCCUGGUGCUGCUGUACAUUGACGCGGAGAAGAGGAGCCAGGGCAACAAGGCACGUGGCCGCAGAGAGGCCAUGUGGUUGGAAAUAACGGCGAGGCUGGCAGCACUGGGCUACGAGCGACAGAGGAACUCAGUCAUCCAGCGCAUGUCCAGCCUGCAGGGCAGCUUUCGGAGCCUUGCGGGCUACCUAGCCACGCUGGAGGGAGGCGCGGCACGGUUCUGGGCGGCACCGGAGAAGCAGCGGAGGGAGGUGUUCCAUGCGCUCAAAACGCAGUGUGUGUUGGACCACCGGGUUUGGAAGGCGCUGGCCCUGAUCCUGAAGGACGAGGGGGGAACAGCACAUGGGGAGGGGGCGGCUGGGGUGGAGGCCGGAGCGGGCAACUUGGCGGACGGCGCCACCACAGCCCCAGGCGGCGCCAACGACGGCGGUACUGCCCGCGACCCCAACACCGCGCCCGCCUUUGUGUCUCAGCAACAGCAGCAGCAGGCAGCAAUCAGCCUACUUCAGGGCCUAGCUGCUGCCCAACUCAUGGCAGCUGCAGGCGGCAGCGGCACAGUCACAAACAUUAACAACAACAUAUCCGGCACCGCUGCCGCAGCUGGUGGAGCAGCCAGUGCUGGCGACGGCGCCCGCCGUAGCAGCAGCAGCAGUGGUGGCGGCAUGCUUGCGGUCACCCCAACCGCUGCGAACGACACAAACCACAAUGGUAAUGGCAACAACAGCGGCAGCGGCAUUGCUGAGGGCGAGGGUGUGGGCGAUGGCGGUGGAAGCACGAGCGGCGGCGGCGGCGGCGAUGCAGCCACCCCCAGUGGAGGAGAUGGAGGUGGGGAUGUCGUAAGGGACCCGCAGCAUCCCCAACCUGCGUCCCCGCAACCGCAACCCCAGGGCAACACUGCAGGUAUUGCUCCUCCCGCCGCCGCCGCUGCUGGUGGUGAUUUUGAUGCUGCUGCUGUUACUGGUGCCGAUGCCGUUAUGCCGGAAGCGGCAACAGCAACAGCGGCGGGGGCCAAAGCAGCAGCAGCGGCGGGGAAAGAUGCGGAAGGAGUGGGACUGGCGGAGGAGCCGGAGCAGGACGGGCGGGAUGAUGACCACUACCCAUCACCCAUGGGUGGUGCAGGAGAGGACCAGCCUGACGUUUUGGACGCUUCAGCUGGCGGUACCGGAAUUUCAGAACGGCAGGAGCGUGAGCCAUUACGGGGGCAUCAACAGCAACAGCGUCAACAGGAGCCCGGGGGACAACAGCAGCAGCAGCAGCAGGAGCGGUCCCCUUACCCGACGCCACCGCAAGCAAUGCGGGCACAGCAGCAGCAACAGCAGCAGCAGCCCCUGCAACUGUUGCUGCUGCAGCAGCAGCAAUCGUUACGAGCCCCCCCGUCCAGGGUACCCCAGCAGCAGCAACCGCAACACUUGCAGCAGCCCCAUGCUACCUCUGCACUGCUCCUUGCACAGCAGCAGCUGCUGCUAUCGCAGCCCCCUCCUGCUGUUGCUCCUGGGCCCCAACAGCAUCAGCAGCAGCAACAGCAGCAGCAGGUGUUGUCGGCGUUGCAUCAAGCGCAGCAAACGGUGCAGGCGCAGAUCAAGGCGGCGCUCGUGGGCGCUGGGGGGCGACCGCUGCUGCCGGUGCUGCCCUCCGCACCCGUCCGCCCCUCCCACCCCCUGCUCCCCUCCGGGCCUCUUCCCUCCUCACUGGCGCCUGGCAGUACGGCAGCCCUGACCGCGGGCGGCUUAAAGGGCAUCCUACCUGGCAGCAGCCCCCACACCGCAGCUCCUAUCGCCGGCAUGGGCAGUACUGCCAGCGGCACCGCAGCAGCGGCAGCAGCAGCGACUCCGGCAGGUGCCGGCGGUGGCUUGGUCAGCAGCGGUAACCACGCCACGACGCUCUCAGCUAGCCUGCCUGGCCCGCCAACAGCGCUUGCCACCGUCUCGACGGCAGGGCCGUUGGUGGUGUCGAAACGCGAUCCUGCUGCACUGGCGCUCGUGGACGCUGUCGCUGAAAUCGCUCCCGUGGCCGACCCACGGGUCGCCUCGGCGGGCAGCGGCGGUGCUCCAGCAGCAGGACUUCAGCAUCAUUGUGGUGAUAUUGAUGAAAACAGCUGCCAGCUGCCCAGUCCACGUUUGCUGGCAUCCCUCAGUCGUAAUGUCGUACAGAAGCUAACGGAAGUUGACCAACUGCUCAGUCGUACAAGCUCCACAGAUACGGAACGGUCGCGGGGCUACCUGGCGCUUGUUGUCGAUUGCCUUCAACUGCUGCCCCUGAUACGCCAACAACAGCAGUGUUUGCAAGCUGCGACGCAGGCAUCGCAGCCCCCGCACUGCCCACUAGGGCGAGAGCCACCACCUCAUGAGCCCAUGCCGGGACACCUGUAUCCGAAGCGGCUGUACCCCAGCACACCUGUGUCCCAGCUGCAGGCCCUGCCCUCCUCGCAACCGCAACCACAACCACAACCACAACCGCCACUGGGCUUGGGGUCGCUUCCGAACCAGGUUAGCCUCUCGGGACAUGGCGGACAUGGGCAGUACGUGGGCCCUGCACCUCAGCAGCAGCAGCUGCUGCAGCUGCCCAGUCGCCGCCUCUCACGGCUGGGCCUGCCCUCGUCGUUAGGAGGUGGAGGAGCACCCGCACCCGUCGUUGCGGAUGCCGAGCCGGAGGGGGAGCAGCAGCAGCUGCCUAGACGGCCCUCGGGCGAGCCCAGCCUGCUGGUACAGGGGUCCCUGGAUAGGGGGCCUGGUGAAGAGGUGCUGCCACCCUCGCUAACGCUUCGACCCUGGACUCAGGUGCAGACUCCGGUACCGAUGUCGAGCCAGGCGCAGACGCAGGGAGAGCAGCGUGGGGAGGUGUACGGCAGUCUCCAAACGCCGGCAGCGCUCGAGGAGGAGCAACAAGAGGAGGAGCAGGAGCGAAUGCAGCUGCAGCGGUCUGGGAGCCAGCAGGAUCAGGCAGGAAGCCAGGUGCCGCCGCAGCAGCAACAGCAGCAGUUACCGCCGCCGGCUGCUUCCUCAUCGCCGCUUCAGCAACAGCAGCAGGACCCGCGGAAGGAGGAGCAGGAGCAAGAGCGGCGGCAGCAGCAACUGCAGCAGCGGCGCGCGGAUGCGUUGGUGCAGGCGCUGGUGCGGGGGCCGACAUGCGCUUACACGGAACCAGAGGGACAGCAGGAGCAACCGCAACAACAGCAAGAGCCGCCGCAACCACAGCAAGACCUGCAGCAACCUUCGUUGUCCGUCGCAGGUUUGUUUGCGUCGCAGCAGCAACCCUCUGCUUUGUCACCGCCGGCGCAACAACAUACAUGAUCAGCAGGCGCAAGAGCAGCCGCUGUGAUGCCAGCAUGACCAACAGCAUGCAGAAACAAUAGCAACAUCUGUGGCUGUAAAAACACAGCAACAGCGGCGGCAACUACCCUUUUGCGGAGCUUUCUCGCCAGAAGAGUGCGUCAAGGGGCAGCAAGUGGUGUGAGGGGCGCACCGCGGAACGCCAGGGACGAUAUGUUUGUGUGUUCCCAAUCAAUAGCCUUGCAGCAGGGCCGCCUGCCCGGUCACAUGGAUGCUAGCGCGUUUCCUGUUGCCUUGUUCACCUUUACAUAUUAUCCGUGAGCAGUAUAGUUCAUGUACGUUUGACUGGCUUAAGAAAAGGAUUCGAAGAGGGACAUUGGGAAGAAUUACUAUUAAAGUGCGUUCCGCAUCUUGACGUUGUAGAUAACCCUGUGUACGACCUUCGCCCUCCUGUGUACGACAUGCAAGGAACUCUGACGUGACCGCGAUGUUGCUCAAGUAACCCAAGUUGGGCUGCGAAAGGGCGGAUCCUGGUGCAUUGCUAACUGCUGCAGAGCAAUAUGGGUGUUUGAAACGAAAUGUUGAAUGGGGCCGGAUACGCUGGGGGCUUGUGACCAACGCCUUUGCGAAAGCGCGCAUGGGGUAGUUCAACGGGCGCCCAGUACUGUCCGUUGGAACAUCUUUGUAUAUUUUGGGGGGCUGUUGCAGUAGUGGGUUGCAUGCGAUCAGCAAUCGUAAUCCUGGGGUUUAGGUCUGUGGCGGAAGUACGGGGGGUAUUGGGCUUACGAGUAAUGAGCGUGCGACGGUAUGCGCUUGGCCCUUACACGUGCGAGCAAUUUAGCCGUGGUUUACUAUUCAUGCUCCUACACGGCGAGAAGCCGUUCAUGGUAUUGCGUAGCCGGUUGGGGUUGGUAAUGUUUUGGGGAUGGGUUUUAUAAGCCAGGGGUGGCCCCCUCCCUGAGCGUGUCCGAGGGACCUGUUCCAGAUGCCGUAUUCAUGUCGUACCUCGAAAUACGACAUCGGGGCUAUAAGUGUCGUGCACGCUUUGAUGCUUGGGCGUAACCUUACAGGGCUUGGGUGCUAUUUCUGGAAGGAGUGGUUGGGGGCCGGUAUAGUACAUAUUAAAUGAAUUGCUGUUCUUCCGUGGCCUCAUGCGGUGUGCGGCGUGAUUCAGGCUUAUGGCUGCUUUUUGCCAUGUUAGGCGUCGUUUUCUUUCAGGGGAUGCGUGAAUGGCGGUGCAUCAUGGUUGGACUCGGGCGAUGCAAUACAUCGCCAAAUACUGCAUACUGCAACUCAGUUGGUUGCUUUGUACAGCGUUGUGGCCCGCGACCCCUUUGCCCUUGGUUGUGUUGGCGGCACAGUCAGUGCCAUGAGGUGUUGGGUUGCUGAGGGUUGCUACGGGCUUACCUUGUGAUACUGGUGUGGUGUGCUACGCAUUGCAUGUCACUUUCGUUGUGGUUCAGCCAGGGCUGAUUUGCUUGAGGUCGGGAGCGUGCAAGGCGUGUAACACACGGC